AAUGGGAAGAUUCUCACAUAUCUAUUUGUUCCUCGCUGUAAUGCUCCUCUCCUCUUCAGUAGUAGGAGUCGUAGGCAGGACUAUCGAGGGUGAUUUCAGCCGCUCAAGACUCCUAGUUGUGCUUCAAAGCGCUAAACAGAAAGAAGAAAAUUCAAUAAUUUUUGCAGAAAUGGACAAAUUAUUCGAAACAACUUAUAAAGUAUUCAACGGAGCUCUUGAUGAGAAAUCCAAAAGUAAAGAUGAUAUCUCACUGAGAUUCUUUGACCAGCCAGUGACUCCAGGACUUGAAGAGGGUACUUUUGAUGAUAGAGUCGGAAGAACAAAUGAUGAUUUCCAUUAUGAUCACCUGAUGAUCAUGGCUUCUACUGCAUCUAGUUUCAGAAAUCAAGGAUUUACCAAUGACGAUGUACUCCAGUUCUUUGAUUCAGGCAGAAACUUGUUCAUCGCAGGAAGCACUAAAGCAAAGGGUUUUGCUAGAGACAUGUUCAAAGAAUUCGGAGCUCAAUUAUAUCCAGCUAAAGCAGAAAUUACUGGACAGGCUGGUCAGGUCAAGAUUCAAGACCUUGAAGAUCAAGGACUUACCGCUACAAAGCAGAUAAAUCAAGCUAUUAAGAACACUAUUGUGAAUGUUGAUUCUGAGGUUGCUUUCUUAGGCUCAGGGAUAAAAGUUGAUCCUGAUAAUAGUUAUUCUUUCCCAAUUCUUAGUGGAAAUGAUGGUUUGAAAGCCAAACUUCCUUCUAAAAAUGUUGGAGGAAAGGAAGUAAAAAGAGAAUUCUUAGGAGAAGAUGUUGUCCUUGUGUCAGGUUACCAAUCAAGAUAUAACCAAAGAGCUGUUCUCAGUGCAUCUAUCGAAAUAUGCACUGACAAGUUCAUCAAUGCAACUCAGGUUGGAGAAGAUGUGACUACUUCGCCCAAUUAUCAAUUCUGCCUUGAAACCCUGAAAUGGAAUUUCCAAGCCAAGUCUGUACUGAAGUUAGAAAACUUCGACCACUCUUUGGUUGAUACUUCUCUUGUAGAAACCGGAAGACAAAAGAUUCAAGAGUAUAAAUUGAGAGAUGAAAUCCAAGUUUCUUUUGAUAUUUAUGAAAAGGUUGACAAUGAAUGGGUCCCAUUUAAAGCAGAUGAUGUUGUAUUAGAAUUCAUUAUGCUAAACCCUUUCAACAUCGAGACAAUGCAAAACACCGAAGGUGCUCACUAUAAUGUAAAGUUUAACGUGCCAGAUCAUAAUGGAGUGUAUAAAUUCAAGAUUGAUUAUCUCUCUCCUGGAUAUACCAGAGUCUACUAUGAUGAGAUAACUCCUGUGAGAGUGUUCAACCACGAUGAGUUCCCUACCUAUGAUGCUAGAGCCUAUCCAUACUUCGCUGCUGUCUACUUGUUGACCAUUGCAUUUAUCAUCUUCUCGGCCUCGUAUGCAUUCAUGUCAGAUAAGCCUUUAAAGAAGAUGAAAAAGGAUUAA